CUCUCCCGUGCCGCUCUGUGUUGCCGCGCCUUCGCGGCGGCCACGCAGCUCGAGGACGCUGCGGCUGCCGCGGCGGCGCGCCGACCCGCGCGGGCGAAGGGCCGCACCUCGGGACCUCCGAGGGCGCGGCGCGCGUUCCCCACCUUGGCCGAGCCGUUGAGGCUGCCGCGUGAGGGCCCGGCUUGGCCUCGCCGGGAUGGCGGCGUGACAAGCGUGGCGUCGGUGACGAUGCCGUCCGUGUCGGGGCCGCUGCGGUUGGUGGCCUUCAAGGCGCCCGUGGGUGACAUCCUGGCCGUCGUCAGCGGCACGGGGAACGGCUCCCAGGUCCCCGUGCGCGUGCACGACGCGUGCCUCACGGGCGAGGUCUUCGGGUCGCUGAAGUGCGAUUGCGGGCCCCAACUUCAGCAGACUCUCGCGGCCCAGACGGAACGCAGACUGGGCGUGCUAAUUUACAUGCCUCAGGAAGGUCGCGGCAUAGGGCUCGCGAACAAGAUGGCGGCCUACUACAUGCAGGAGGAGCACGGUCUCGACACCGUUGAUGCCAACCUUGCCCUGGGACUGCCUGCAGAGAGCCGCGACUACAGCGCAGUGAAGUACGUGCUGGAGGAGUUGAGCAUCUCCUCCAUCUUGCUCAUGACCAACAACCCGUACAAGGUGGAUCGACUCCGUGCUGCGGGCGUUCAGGUCGACGGCACGCUGCCCGUGACGGUGACGCCCACGUCUCCGGUGACGGCCAGAUACUUGGAGACCAAGCGCAGGCGGAUGGCGCACAUGCUUCCGCCGCAGCUGGCGCAGGCUGUUGCUGGCUUCGGGGCGCAACGCCCUGUGGUCAACGGGGAGAGCAUCAACGGCAGCGCUGCUGUCGGCGUACCUGACUGGCAGGUUGCCAGCAGCACAGUCGAGCUGGAGGCGUCGCUCGCCGGCAGCGGCGCCUCGGCGGCGGAUGGCAGCGGAGCCAGGCUGGACCCGGCCGCCGCUGAGCUGGUCGCGGGCCUGAGGCUGGAGGCGGAGGCUCACAGCGGCGACAGGCCCUUCACGCUCCUGAGCUUCGCCAGCUCCAUGGACGGCUUCAUCGCCGGGGUGCGCCGGCGGCCAGACGGCACGGAGGAGAAGCACCCCGUGGCGCUCAGCGGCGCGGCUUCGGCGCUGCUCACGCACCACCUCCGCGGCUCGUUCGACGCCAUCCUCGUGGGCGUGGGCACGGUGGCCACCGACGACCCGCGCCUCGACGUCCGCGCCGAGCGGGCGGGGCCCUCGCCGCGGCCCGUCGUGGUGGACAGCGACCUGCGCCUGCCCGUGGGCUGCCGCCUCCUCGCCCAUCGGGCGCGGGGCGGGCGGCCGCAGACCCUCAUCCUCUGCACGGAGGAGCGGCUCGGGGCCGGCUGCGAGAAGGCUGCCCGCAGAGCGGCGCUGGAGGCCGCCGGCGCCCUCGUCGUGCCCUGCCUGGCCGACGAGCGGGGGCGUGUCUGCCUGCGGGACGCCUGGGGCCGCCUGCGGGGCGCCGGCGUGCGAUCCGUGAUGGUCGAGGGGGGCGCCGGGAUCAUCUCGGGGCACCGCUUGGUAGACGCUGUCGCGGUCACACAGGCAGGCGUGAUCCUCGGCAGCGGCGUGCGCUGGGCAACGGCGGGCGGCGCGCUUCUGGGCGACGUGCGCACUGUGUCGCUCGGCGCCGACGCCGUAUUUGUCGGCAAAUUUUCACCGGGAGCGGGCCCGCCAGCUGCGAGAGAGUGA